AUCUCAAUUUUCUUUUCCUUUCUGUCCUUUUCUUGCUCGACAAUCACUGUCUCUUCUUCCUCUUCGUUCCAAACCCAAACACACUGACUGUGAGACCAAAAUUGUUUAGAUCUGAGUCCACAAACCUGAAAACCCUAACUCCAAGUACGAUCUCUCGAGUAGGUUCUGGCAAUAGCGUGAAUGGCGGAAGUGGAUGCACAGAAUCCUCUUCUUGGUGAAACUACCUGUGGUUCUCUGCUGCAGCAAUUGCAGCAAAUUUGGGAUGAGGUCGGGGAAUGUGAUGAGGAACGGGACAAGAUGCUUCUUCAGUUAGAGCAGGAGUGCUUGGAUGUCUACAAGAGGAAGGUUGACCUGGCUGCAAAGUCGAGGUCACAACUUCUUCAGGCCUUGGCAGAUGCCAAAGUUGAACUGUCCAGUCUUCUAUCUGCUCUCGGGGAGAAAACUUUUGUAGGAAUUCCCGAGAAGACUUCGGGAACGAUAAAGGAGCAACUUGCGGCCAUUGCACCAGCACUGGAACAGCUGUGGAAACAGAAAGAGGAGAGGAUAAAUGAGUUUUUUGAUGUACAAUCACAGAUACAAAAGAUAUGUGGAGAAAUAAUGGGGACUAACGAGCAGGUGGGAAAUCCUGUAGUUGAUGAGACUGACCUAUCACUGAAGAAGUUGGAUGAGUUUCAAUCUCAACUCCAAGAACUGCAAAAGGAAAAGAGUGAGAGAUUGCACAAAGUCCUUGAAUUUGUAAGUACUGUGCAUGAUCUCUGUGCUGUCCUGGGGAUGGACUUCUUCAGUACAGUUACUGAAGUCCAUCCAAGCUUAAAUGACUCAACUGGUGUGCAAUCCAAAAGCAUUAGCAAUGACACCCUAUCUAGACUUGCUAAGACGGUCUUAGCACUAAAAGAAGAUAAGAAGCAGAGGUUGCAUAAGCUUCAAGAGUUAGCGACUCAGCUAAUUGACCUUUGGAACUUAAUGGAUACGCCCGAAGAAGACCGGAGUUUGUUUGAUCAUGUUACCUGUAACAUAUCGGCUUCGGUUGAUGAAGUGACCAUCCCUGGGGCUCUUGCUCUGGAUUUGAUAGAACAGGCUGAGGUGGAAGUUGAAAGACUUGAUCAGCUAAAAGCUAGCAGGAUGAAGGAAAUUGCUUUCAAAAAGCAAGCUGAGCUUGAAGAUAUUUUUGCUCACGCCCAUAUUGAGAUUGAUCCAGAGGCUGCUCGAGAGAAGAUUAUGGGUCUGAUUGAUUCUGGGAAUGUUGAGCCUUCUGAAUUACUUGCUGACAUGGAUAACCAGAUAGUAAACGCAAAGGAAGAGGCUCUCAGCAACAGGAAAGAAAUAUUGGAUAAGGUUGAGAAAUGGAUGUCAGCUUGUGAAGAAGAGAGUUGGCUUGAAGACUACAAUAGGGAUGAUAACAGGUAUAACGCGAGUAGAGGUGCACACUUAAAUCUCAAGCGGGCUGAAAAAGCCCGUAUUCUAGUUAGCAAAAUUCCAGCUCUUGUGGACACAUUGGUUGCCAAAACUCGGGCGUGGGAAGAAGAUCGUGGCGGAUCAUUUACUUAUGACGGUGUUCCUCUACUGGCAAUGCUGGAUGAAUAUGCAAUGCUCAGGCAUGACAGAGAAGAAGAGAAGCGAAGGAUGAGAGACCAGAAAAAGUUCCAUGAACAGUUCAACACAGAACAAGAAUCCAUCUUUGGUUCAAGGCCAAGCCCGAGCCCUGGUCGACCGAGUCUCGGUAACAAAAAGGUGGUGGGCCCACGUGCAAAUGGAGGUGCCAAUGGGACUCCCAACCGACGGUUGUCUCUUAAUGUUCAUCAAAACGGUGGGAAGUCUGUAAGCAAGGAUGGGAAGAGGGACAAUACAAGGCCUGUUGCUCCGGUGAACUAUGUUGCCAUAUCAAAAGAGGAUGCUGCCUCCCAUGUUUCUGGCACUGAGCCUGUUCCAACUUCACCGUGACACAAUUGAAUCCGAUCCGUAGGUUUUAACUCUCCUGUGAUAUUAAUACUGUUAUAUUACUAACUUAGUUGCUGCAGUAGGGACACUUGUUUGAACAGUGAGUGAUGGAAAGUCGAGACGGGAUUGUUUGUGUGUUGUAUUGGCAUUCAUAAGUUUUUCUUUUUUAAUUAUUAUUUUAUUUAUAUUGCUUUUGUAGCAUUUUGCUUGAGAUCUAUGUUUGUAUGCACGGGGUCUUGUUCGAAGUAUUAGGUUUUUAUACCAUUGUGAGAUUUAUCAAGAGAAGUGAAGCAACA